AGAUAUGCUCUAAAACUUCAUUGAAUUCAGUUCAUUAAUUUUAGUGUUUAAGCUUAAUUCAUCUAUAUUAGACGUUAAGGCAUUCUAGGCUGUUACCUGUGAGAAGGUGAGGUCUCCAGUUCAGGAGUUACUAAUCCCAUAUAUAAGAGGAAAGAGGACAAGAAACCAAACUGGGUAACCUGCUCAUUAAAAGUGCUUCUAAUCCUUCACAGUACCUUCAGUUUUAUGGACUUCUUCCAGAACUCGGAUUUAAUCCUUCUUGUUCUGGUUUUUUCUUCAGGAGUUUAAAGACUGAGACAUAGGUGACCUAGAAAUCCCUGCUGCAGACAUGGGGCGUCAGGAGGGCGAUUACACGUGGAAGAAGAACACGGAAAACAUCCAGGAGAUUUUUGAAUUCAUAGGAGAGUUGGGAUCGGGAGCGUUCUCUGACGUCUUCAUGGUAAGAGAGCGGAAGACAGGAAAAACUUUUGCCAUGAAGUGUGUGAAGAAGAAAAAGAAGCGAGACAUCAACCUGGAGAACGAGAUUGCAGUGUUGAGAAAAAUCAAACAUGAGAAUGUCAUUGAGAUGGAAGAUUUCUAUGAAAGUCGGACGCAUUACUAUCUCAUCAUGCAUCUUGUUUCGGGAGGUGAGCUGUUUGACCGUAUUCUGGACCGAGGUGUUUAUUCAGAAAAAGAUGCCAGCAGGGUGAUCCAGCAGGUGCUGGAAGCUGUCAGCUACCUGCAUCAAAGCGGCAUCGUGCAUCGGGACCUCAAGCCAGAGAACAUCCUCUAUUACAGCCAGGAUGAGGACUCCAAGAUCAUGAUCAGUGACUUUGGCCUGUCAAAGAUGUCAGAAAAUGGCAUCAUGUCCACAGCCUGCGGCACCCCAGGUUACGUAGCUCCUGAAGUUCUAGCACAGAAGCCCUACAGCAAGGCAGUAGACUGCUGGUCCAUUGGUGUUAUCACCUACAUCUUACUCUGUGGUUACCCCCCUUUUUAUGAAGAAAAUGAGACAAGACUCUUUUCCAAGAUCAUGAAGGCCCAGUAUGAGUUUGACUCACCCUUUUGGGAUGAUAUAUCUGAAUCUGCAAAGGAUUUUAUUCGUAAUAUGAUGCAGAAGAGCCCAAGCAUGCGCUACACCACAGACCAAGCUCUUAGACAUCCUUGGAUUAUCGGAAAGACGGCCCGGAGCCAAGACAUCUACUACUCCGUCAGCAUUCAGAUCCAGAAGAACUUUGCUCAGUCCAAGUGGAAGCAAGCCUACAACGCCACUGUAGCCAUCAAUCACAUGAAGAAGCUGCAGCUGGCCCACACAGAGCUCACCCUGAGGCAGACCAGCGUCCCGGACAUCGAAGUGAUUGACGUGUCUUCACCAAUAAAGACCCGCAAACAUCUCGACCCGGACAAGCCAGAACCCAAGAAGGAAGACGUCAAUGGAAACAUAAGUGAGACACAUCGCAUGUCCCUGCCCACAAGCCAUGUAGAUCUGAAGAGCCAUUUUCACCCACUGAAGGCCAGUCAGAGCCAGGCUGCUGCAAACCACGCACCCACUAUAGCCGAGCAGGGGAAGCAUGUGUACCACUCAGAGCCUGCCAACCUGAACGGGUAUGCUAAAAACCAGAAUGGCAAGACUUUACAGACAGGAGUUUGCACUAUUAUGUGAAGGCUGGGCAAAGUUUUAAUGGGAUGAAACAUUUUUUGGUCAGUGCUGCUGUUUUGACUCAGCACAACGAUGUCUUGUGUCAGCACUCCUCUUUGCUCAGAGUAAGAGGAGUUUGACCCUUAAGUGGACCCAAGCAGUCUGCAACAUCCCCACUCUGUGGGGCUUUUUGUCAGAAAGAGUGCCAAUAAAAACUCCCCAACACUCAUGUUAAAGCACACAAACUUCCAAACAUCUACCUGAGAUGCACAUCUCCACAUUACAGAUGUUUAAUUCCAAAUGAGGGAAUGGUGGACGUAAAGCUGGACUAGAUAAGAAAGUUCCUGACCUCCAAGUUUUAAAAACUUCAAGAAAACAACUUCUUUCAUGUUUGUUUCCACCUUUUUCAAAGUGAUCAUUUGAAAUACAGGUCCUUCUCAAAAUAUUAGCAUAUUGUGAUAAAGUUCAUUAUUUUCCAUAAUGUAAUGAUGAAAAUUUAACAUUCAUAUAUUUUAGAUUCAUUGCACACUAACUGAAA